AUGCAGGUUAUUGUGCAACUACUCCGUAGCGUAAACUCGUGGCGAAGAUCGAAUCGCAACCGUUCGCCCAAACGUGACCCUCCCCUCGCCCUCGCUUUCCUUUCCCACGCUUCCGCUCUCUUUCGCCCGCGUCGUCGCCAUCGCUUCCGCAGCUCGUCGCGUGCCCGUCGCCUUCGCUCCGCCCGUCGCCUUCACUUCUCCCCCGUCGCCUUCACUCCCCCCCCUCUUCCGUUGCCUUCAUUUCCCCCUCCCGUCGCCUUCACUUCCCCCUCCCGUCGCCUUCACUUCCCCUCCCGUCGCCUUCAUUUCCCCCUCCCGUCGCCUUCAUUUCCCCCUCCCGUCGCCCUCACUUCCCCCUCCCGUCGCCUUCACUUCUCCCCCCCGAUGCCUUCGAUUCCCCCUCCCGUCGCCUUCCACGCCUGCCGCACUCGCUUUCCCCCCGUCACACUCGCUUCCCCACCCGUCACCUUCACUUCCCCUCCCAUUGCCUUUCACUCUCUCCUGCUCAAUCUCUUUCCCCUUGGUCACUCUCUUCCCCCCUGCUCACUCUCUUUCCCCCUGCUCACUCUCUUCCCCCCUGCUCACUCUCUUCCCCCCUGCUCACUCGCUUCCCCCCUCCUCAAUCUCUUUCCCCCUGCUCACUCGCUUCCCCCCUCCUCAUUCUCUUUCCCUCUGCUCACUCCCCUUGUUCUAACCCCACUUUCCCCAUUUCUCACCCAUUUUCCCCCUUCACGCUCUCUUACCCCCUCUGCUCGCCCCUGUUUUCCCGACUCACGCCUAUACUCACUCUCUCCCCCCCUGCUCACUCUCUUCCCCCCCUGCUCACUCUCUUUCCCCUUGCUCACUCUCUUUCCCCCCUUCUCACUCUCUUUCCCCCUUCACGCUCUCUUUCCCUCCCUUCCGCCCGUUGCCCCCCUUCGUCUCGUGCUCGUCCCCUCGCAAUCCCCGUCUCUCUCUCCCCCCGUCGCCCUCGUUUUCCCCGUCGCCCUCCCUUCCACUCCUCGUUGCCCUCGCCAUCCCUCCCUUCUCCCUUCCCGUCUCGCACACUUGUCACGCCCCCUUUCCGACCCGCACAUACACCCUUCCCUUCUUCCCUGUUUCCUCGUAUCCCCUGCGCUGCUUCCCCCCAUCCUCCGACUUGCUCCCCCCAUCCCCUUCCCUGCUUCCCCCCAACCCCUUCCCUGCUCCCCCCCAUCCCCUUCCCUGCUUUCCCCCUUCCCCUUCCCUGCUUCCCCCCGUCCCCUUCCCUCCUUCCCCCGUCCCCCUCCCAGCAUCCCCCCAUCCGCUUCCCUGCUCACCCCCAUCCCCUUCCCUGCUCCCCCCCAUCCCCUUCCCUGCUUCCCCCUAUCUCCUUCCCUGCUUCCCCCUAUCGCCUUCCCUGCUCACCCCUGCUCCCUCUGUUUCACCCUUGCUCCCUCCCCUUCUUCUCUGCUCACUCUCUUCCCCCUUGCUCACUCUCUUUACUUCUGCUCACUCUGUUCCCCCCUGCUUCCUCUCUUCCCCUCUGUUCAAUCUGUCCCCCGCUGCUUCUUCUCUUCCCCUCUGCUCAUUCCGUUUACUGUCUUUCCCCCUUCACUCACCCCCAUACCCCCCAAUGCAGUUACAGAGGUUGGGGAGGAGGGUGGGGAGGAGGGUGGGGAGGAGGGUGGGGAGGAGGCUGGGGAGGAGGGUGAGGAGGAGGGUGGGGAGGAGGGUGGGGAGGAGGGUGGGGAGGAGGGUGGGGAGGAGGGUGGGGAGGAGGGUGGGGAGGAGGGUGAGGAGGAGGGUGGGGAGGAGGCUGGAGAGGAGGGUGGGGAGGAGGGUGGGGAGGAGGGUGGGGAGGAGGGUGGGGAGGAGGGUGGGUAG